CCAAAAGUCCGCUUCAUGGUCGGCCGCGUGGUGGCGGUGCACCUGAUGAAGAUGUGGCACUCGUUCGUGAGCUACAUGGCAUCUCAUUUCUACGCCCUGAAGAUGCGUCCUGUGUCCGGCUUCGACCCGUCUGGUUUCAUGUUCAUGCUUGCGUUUGUGUGUCUGGUCGUGGGGUUGCUCCUCGCCGUGUUCGACAAGCGCAGCCAGCGGCGGCUGUCCACGUACCUCGACAACAAGAAGCUCACUCGACUGAGCACGGUGGGCAAGCUUGUCGCGUCUACCGCCAUCGACCACUCGGCGCGACAGGGCUUCAUCGCAGAGAUGCUCAGCUUCAACUACCUGUCGCGGCUGUCGUUCUCAAUCUUUGUGUUUGGGAUCACGUCGUACUUGAACGCGUUGGCGGCUGUCGUGGCUGGAUGGCGCACUCCGAACGUGGUGAUCCUCACCAUGGCCAAGGACGACAGCGGUGAAAAGACGCUGCCAGACUUGGGCCACGACCUGUUCAAGGCUGUCAUGACGCUGCUGUACGGGGACACGGACUACAUCGACUGGUUCGACCUCCCCGACGAGUUCAUCGCGUUCGUUGGGUCCAUCAUCGCCGUGCUCUUCCUCGUGCAUCCCCGGCGCCUGCUCAUCCUGCGCCGGUUCACCAUGAUCUACGCAUGGAUCAACUUUCUCCGGGCGUUCUGCGUGGCCGUGACCUCCCUUCCAGAUGCCAGUCCCAUGUGCAUCUCCCAGUUCGACUCUCGCAAAGGCGCGUACAAAUCGCUGCCCAUCUUCCCCAAGGCCUUCCACCGGGCGUUCAAGGUGCUCAUUCGACCGUCCCACCACAUCACAUGCGGAGACAUGAUCUUCAGCGGUCACACUGUGUUUCUCGUCCUCUGUGCGCUCACAGUCACCACGGUACUACGAGGACUAGUACGAGUAGUAGUACUAGUCUUUAUAAUCAUCGAUAGUACUGCGCCAAGGCCGAGCUCAACACGCCUUUCACGCGAGCGCAUCCGUGGGUGCUGACGCUGGUCAAGACGGCAACCGUGAUCGGCUCGACGCUGGGGGCAUUUGCGAUCGUCGGUACCCGCCUGCACUAUACCCUGGACGUGCUCAUUGCGAUCUACGUGACGAUCCAGACAUGGUACACUUACCACUGGCUGUCCGAGGACAACAGGUGGGGCAUCCGCAUCAUCUCGUGGCUCGAGCACGACCGACGGGUUGUCUCGAUCGACCACAACGCGUACCGCAUGGCCAGACGAAGCGGCAGCUUCAACUCACUCAACAAACAGGAAUAAUAAACUAGUAUGUACUACCAGAA